AUGAGAGCGGCACUCACGCGCCGCGCGGCGCAAUCCUCUCCAGCGUCCCCUCGCUGUGUACAAUGCCUCCAGCGCAGACGGCAUAGCACCUACAACCACUUCAUCACGCAGAACGAGCGAUCCCCCGAGCCAGGCGCCAUCCGUCUCGCCGUCAAAGACAACAUUGCCACGUUCAAUCUGCCGACAUCAUGCGCGUCCUCGAUCCUAGCCGAGCACCCGUCGCCCUACGAAGCAACCAUUGUACAGCAGCUGCGAGAACAUGUCAACGCACAUGUGGUGGGCAAGACGAACAUGGACGAGUUUGGCAUGGGCUCGCACUCUCUCAACUCUGCCCACGGCCCCGUCCGCAACCCCGCGGGCCAGGACCUCUCCACAGGUGGCAGCUCCGGAGGCAGCGCUGUGGCCGUCCAGGUCGACGACGCGGACAUUGCCCUGGGCACGGACACAGGAGGCUCUGUGCGCCUGCCGGCGGCCUGGAUAGGCUGCGUGGGCUACAAGCCUAGCUACGGCAUGCUCUCGCGGUACGGCGUCGUCCCCUACGCCAACUCGCUCGACACAGUCGGUCUCCUCGCGCGCGCCACGACGCCCAUCCGCGCCUCCAUCUUUGACAGCAGCAUCUACCAGCUCACCGACCCAAAAGACCCGACGUGCCUGUCUCUCAAAACCCGGCAACGCUGCAUAAAAGUCACGCCAGUUACGCUCCCUGAUCUGUCCGACGUCACGAUUGGCCUUCCCCUCGAGUACAAUAUCGCUGAGCUAGACCCGUCCAUCCGCAGCGCCUGGAGCCAGACGGCCGAGCUACUUGCCGCCAAUGGUGCUACCGUCGUUCCCGUAUCCCUACCCACCACACCCGAGGCGCUGUGCGCAUACUACGUCCUCGCGCCAGCAGAAGCCUCCUCCAACCUCGCAAAGUACGACGGCGUCCGCUACGGUGUGCGCAGCACCACCUCCGACGCCGCAGGCGACACGCUCUACUCGGAGACCCGGGGCGUCGGGUUCGGCGACGAGGUCAAGAGGAGGAUCCUCCUCGGGACAUAUACGCUCAGCUCGGACGCGAUUGACAACUACUUCCUGCAGGCGCAGCGGGUACGAAGGCUGGUGCAGAGAGACUUUGAUCGUGUGUUUAGGUUGGCCAGUCCGCUCCACGAGCCCGUGCAGUUUGACCUGAGUGACAUGCCCGACACGACGGAUCUGCAGGACAAGACGGGCCCGGCGCAGGUGGACUUCUUGCUGUGUCCUACGGCCCCGACGUGUCCGCCCAGGGUGGAGGAUGUCAAGACGCGGGGCAGCGUGGCCUCGUACGUGAAUGAUGUGUUUACGGUUCCGGCGAGUCUGGCUGGUCUACCGGCUGUGAGCGUCCCCGUGCGCUCGCAGGACCAAGGGACGGCGAAGCACGGCGUGCCGGCGAGCAUGCAGAUCAUCGGGCAGUACUGGGACGACCGCCGGAUGCUGGCUCUCGCGGAAUUGAUGGAGAGACUGGGUGUAUGA